GCGUGUUGAGCUCUGGUUUUCUUAGCGGAAACUUUUCAGACCCACCUACUUUUUUGACAGACUCACUUUCUUUUAGAAAAACCAACUGUGUCAAUGUCUGCAAUGCUGAAUUUAAAAUACAGACGGUCCCUAAAAUAUUAUUAACAAAAGCCAAAUCAGUUAAAAAUGGAACCCAGAGCUGUGAGAAUGUUUCGGCGUUGUAUUAUUUUUUCGGUGUUCUGCUUUAUCUCAGUCAAUGGGGAUUACUUCUCGGCUAUCAGUGAACUCGAAAAACUGCUUGACGUGGAGACUUUAAUAAUAGAAAAAUUUGAUGCUUACCUAAAAAGGGCUCAGGAAGAACAGGCUAAUAUUAAAAGAUUUUUGAAUCAGAUAGACGAACUGCAAAACGACCGUGGGGAUCUCGAGGAAUACUUCGCCAAUCCCCUCAACUCCUUUAUCACCAUAAGACGCCUCGUCCACGACUGGAAAUUCAAUGUUUUUGAUCCAGUCUUCGAAACUAGUAACUACGAUACCUACAAGAGUUCUCUUAGCGAUUCUUUGGAGAAGAUCAAGCAAUACAAGGGACCCAGUCAAGAGGAUCUACAAGGUGCCACUCGCGCACUUCUUCGACUGCAGAAAACCUACCAACUACCCACGGAUCAGUUGGCCAAAGGAGUACUUCCCGGAGAGAAAUAUCAACUGAAUACCUCUUUGAGUGCCAGUGACUGUUUUGAGCUGGGUAAGAAUCUCUGCCAGAUUAAGGAGUACUCCUAUGGUUCCGAAUGGUUACUGGAGGCCACGAAAAGAUUGCACGGUGAACCUCAGGGUUUUAUCUCACCCAAUGUGACUGACAUCGAGAUUUUGGAGCAGCUAUCACCUGCUUUUAACGGCUUGGGCAACCUUAAGCUGGCACACAAACUCAAUAAUGAAAUACUGGAUUGGGAGCCUGAUCAUGAAGAGGCUCUGGAAAACCAGAUAUUGUAUGAAAGUCAGUUGGCAAAAGAGCGAGUCCUUGGUCCGAAAAAGCCAGUGGAUGUUAACCAGUUGACAGAAAGAGAACAAAGGGAAAGCUUCCAGCUUUAUAAACGCGUUUGCCAAGGAGAACUCCGACAAUCUCCUCGAGAGCUCAGGAAUUUCAAGUGCUGGCUAAGCCACCAAGAAUCUCCUUACCAUAUUAUUUCACCUUUUAAAAUGGAACAACUGAACCUUGAUCCCUAUGUGGCCUAUGUUCAUGAAAUUUUGACAGAAAGUGAAAUGCAAAUGUUCAAGGACCAUGCCAAGGGUCGGAUGGAGCGAUCAAAAAUAGGUCAAGGUGUGAACUCCACCACAACCGAGAUCCGCACGAGCCAAAACACCUGGCUGUGGCAUGCGGAGAAUCCCUGGCUUUCCAACAUCAUAAGGCGAUUGGAGGAUUUCACAGGCUUGAGUUCUGAAAGUGCCGAGCCACUGCAGCUUAUUAACUACGGAAUCGGUGGACAAUAUGAACCGCAUUAUGACUUUACACAUGACGAUGGUUAUAGUGUCUAUGGCUGGAGGGGUAAUCGCAUCUUGACUGCUAUUUUCUAUCUGAAUGAUGUUGCUCUGGGAGGUGGCACUGCAUUUCCCUUUCUCAAAUUGGUUGUUCCCCCUGUGAAGGGCAGCCUUCUAAUCUGGUACAAUCUACAUAGAUCCACGUACAAGGACUACCGAACAAGGCACGCGGGUUGUCCCGUUCUCAAGGGAUCCAAGUGGAUAUGUAUUGAGCAGUUCCAUGUGGGUGGUCAGGAAUUCAGGAGACCCUGUGGACUCAACAGCGAUGUGGGAAAGUUCGACGACUUGAUGGACAUAUGAGGCCUAAUAAAGUAAUCAUAACAUAAUCAUUUUGAAAUAAACACCUUAUAUGAUUCUUAAGAA